ACCACUUGGACGCGCCGAACCUAGUGAUCGGAACUUGCACCUAAACCAACAUGUCUGGCGAAGACGAUUCCAGUGGCUGGCAACUUACAGAAUCGGACCCGAGCGUCUUCACUGAAUUGUUAAAAUCACUCGGCGUACCUCUCGUUGUCGAUGAUUUGUAUUCCCUAGACUCAGGAGCCCUUUCCACCUUCCAACCUAUCCACGCACUUAUAUUCCUCUUUAAAUGGGUCGGUUCAUCGGCAGAACCAUCGAGCGGAGGCCAAUAUGAUCUCGAAUUCCCCGGCUUUUUUGCUCAUCAAGUCGUGAACAACGCAUGUGCCACUCUUGCAGUCAUGAAUGCAAUCGGAAACAUUCCGGACCUUCCCAAAGGAGUGCAACUUAGUGAUUUGAUUAACUUCACUGUCGGUAUGGAUCCUCAGACAAGAGGAAUGGUCAUUACGAGUGCGGACUGGUUAAGGGAAGCACAUAAUGCCCUUUCACCACCAUCGGCGAUUUCGUUGGAGGGAUUGGGACUUCCGAAGACUACUGAAGAAGCAUACCACUUUAUUGUGUACCUCCCGUAUAUGGGCAGCGUGUACGAACUUGACGGCUUGAAAGACAGUCCGGUUCAACAUGGUCCGUAUGAGGAGAAGGGCGAAGGUUGGUUGGCGAAAGCGAGGGAAGUUAUUGAAGCCAGAAUUGCGACAUACCCGCCCGGAUCAUUAGAAUUCAGUCUAUUGGCGCUUCACGAUGACCCUCUUCCAACACUGCAGACGAGCUUAAGUGAAGCUCAAGCUUCUGGAAACCACGCAGCAGUCGAGGAGAUCAUGGUCCGACUCGCAAACGAGAACUCGAAACGCGAACGAUGGGCGUUCGAAAACAGUCUACGAAGGCAUAACUAUGUUGGCUUCAUCCACGCUUUGCUCUCCGCUAUGGGUAAAGCAGGGGCACUGGACAAGGCCAAAGAGGACGCUCAGGCGAAGAUGCAAGAACGGAUAGCAAAACGCAAGGAGAAAGGUGAAGCCGCCAUGGACGAGGACUAAGCUUCUCAUUGGAAUAUGCUUCGAACAUUUCGUAUUCUCUGUCGAAAACAAUCUUCCUGCUAUCGUCACACUUCGUAAGGUAUACCUUCCGUUAUACUGGUAUCGUUCAUCUCUAGAUGUAUAAUCUCAUUCUGGAUCUCCGUUAUUCUCUUCUGCCAAGUCCAAACAUUGACUCUCAUUUCGAUCGAGAUCAUGGUGCAUCGACAGGAUUCCAAGUGACAGCCCCUUCCUUUCCCUGAUCCAAUGCGUCCAGUUGUUGCAUAUCUGACUCGUCCAAGGCGAAGUCGUAAACUUGGGCAUUGGACCAGAUUCGCUGUGGAUUGGCAGACUUGGGCAAGGGCACAAAUCCCUUCUGCAAUGACCAGUGAAUCAGGAUCUGAGCAGGAUCACGAUUGUGCUAGGUUAAAGAAAGGACCAUUCGAACGUCAAAUGUUGAAAAUAUGCACCAAACGAAAUAUGCCCGAACCUUCUGAGCAAUACUUGCUAUCGUUGGAUGAUCCAUGCGUUUGGCACGAACGAGAGGACUAUAUGCUUGGACAACGAUACCAUGUUGUUUGCAAUAUUCCACAAUGGGUUUCUGUUGGCAG